AUGUCAACGAACGAUUCUAAUGCAAAAUCAUCGACAUCAGUUCCAACAAAUACAUUGGAUGUUCAAGAAAUCUCUACCUUAAUUGAUGGUCAGCACUUUAGUGAAGCUCUUAGUUAUCUAAUGUCUUUAACUGAACAACAAAUCUAUGAUAAUACAUGGGAUUUAUGUACUUAUCUAUUUCAUUUAUUAGAAAAACCAUCAGAUAAAUUAUGCAAUGAAUAUGAAAUAUAUUCUCAAGAUGCUUUAAAACAUGUAGCCGAACAUGGUAAUCCUCGUGAAAUGUUAAUCAUUAUGCUUGAACAAUCUGAUAAAUUUAUAUCAGAUGAAGCUUUUGUAUUUCAUAUACAAUUAUUUUUAAUAAUUAUUAAACGUUUACCAUUAAAACCUAGUUUAAUAACAUCAAUCGAUGAUAUUCUUUCAUUAUUAAAAUGUCAUCUAACUACACUUGAAUUACCAACAAUUAAUAAUGAUUUCGCAGGUAAAGAUUUAUUGGUAUAUAAUCAUGAUCAUCGUGUUACUCAUUUACUUAAACUGACUCAAUUCUAUGUUGAUUUUAUUUGUCAACUUCGUGAUUAUUUUUCAACAACAACUAUGAAUAAAAUUUUUCCUAUUCUAGCAAAAUAUUUAAUAUCUCUUUUACAAGAACCACUUUCAUCACUUAGUUAUGAACCCAUUGAUUCACAAGAAAGUUCAUCAUUUACAUCAAUUCGUCCAUUAUUAGAUUGUUUAUUUACACUUAAUCCAAAUCCAAUUCAAUUAAUUAAUGAUAAAGAACAACAAUCUGUUUUUGUUUAUUUACUAUUAACAAAAAAUCAUUACUUUUCAUUAUUACCAUGUGUUUAUUCACCUUAUUUUUAUCUUAUUCUUAGUAUUCCAUUUAUUCAACAAUUAAGUAAUGAUCGUGAACGAGUUAUGUUAACAGAAAAAGCAUGUGUACUUGUAUCAAAUGUUUGUUCACGUUUGAAACCAAAUAAAGAAUUUGAUUCAACAUUAUUAGAUAAUAAUGAUAUUCAUACACUUAUUGAUACAUUAAAAAUUUUAAUGGUUCAAUCACCUGCUCGACAAUACGCACCAUUAACAAUAGGUGCAUAUCGUUCAUUAUUUCGAUCAUUUAAUCCAUUAGGUCGUUAUACUUUUCUUCGACAACAAUUAGCUAAAACACCUUGUGCAGAAGAUUCAUAUCGAACAUUUCUUUGUACGUUAGUUAAAGAUGAAUUUUUAUAUGAUUAUCGAUCGUUGUCAAAUGAGAUUUAUAAAGGAUUAUCAUUAUUUCAACUGCUAGAUCAUUUAUGUCGUUUACCAAAUGGUAUAGAAUCAGAUUUACUUGAAAUUUACGAUUGUCUUUGUUCAACAUUGAAUUUUAUUCGUUUUAUUGGUCUAAUUGAUAAACAAAAUAUAAAUCGAACAUUAUUAUGGACAGAACGUUUAAAUCAUUUAAAUGAAACAUUUAUAAAACCUUUAAGAAAAUCAAUUGAAUUAGCUCGUGCACAUUAUAAACUUGAAAUAAAAAAUAGAAAAGAAGAUAACAAGCCACAAAAAAUGGAUACGGAAAUUUUAGUAGAUAGUAAACCUUUAUCAAUGCCUAGUAAACGAGAACAAUUAGAAACAUUACAUUCAGCAGUAACAAAAUUUGAUAUUCUUGAUUGUAUACUUAGUACUCUUAGUGAAACAUUCGGGGGAGAAUUGUAA